GGAAAAUCGAUAAAUACGUACACAAAGAAGUGAAAAAAAAAAUUAGAUCAAAGUUUUAAUUAUUAAUAUUGUAUAAAAGAAAAGAAAUGGCAAGGGCUGUGGGAAGAAGUUUAGCAGGACCAUUGUUGUUUUUGAACUUAUUAAUGUAUCUUAUUGUUUUAGGUUUUGCUAGUUGGUGUCUCAACAGGUUUAUCAAUGGACAAACUAAUCAUCCUAGUUUUGGAGGAAAUGGAGCGACGAUGUUCUUCCUAACAUUUGCGAUAUUAGCAUCCGUGCUGGGCAUAAUAUCGAAGCUCUUAGGCGCGAAUCACUUGAGAGCAUGGAGAAAUGAUAGUCUUGCUGCUGCGGGUUCAUCUGCUUUAGUCGCGUGGGCUGUUACUGCACUUGCUUUCGGGUUGGCAUGUAAGGAGAUCAACAUAGGAGGAUGGAGAGGAUGGAGGCUAAGAGUUCUUGAAGGUUUCAUAAUAGUUCUUGGAAUUACUGAACUUCUCUAUGUUCUUAUGCUUCAUUCUGGAUUGUUCAAUAGCACCUAUGGUCCGGGCUAUAGGGACAACGAAUAUGGCGUUGGUGCACCGCACGGUGGAGUCCCCGGGACCGGGAUCGCGGAGAAGGGGACCGGUUACACCGGAGCUAGGGUUUAAUGUUGUUUCAAGUAGAUAGGGUGUUUUGACUAUGUUCAAAUGUUUUUUUAAUGUUGGAACACUAUGGUGUGGUAUUAAGCUUUUCUCUUAUUUGAAGUAAUUUUGUAACCUUUGCAAAACGAAAUAUUUGACCCUGUUCUGGAGGGGGGUUAAUAAUUGGAGUGUUACAAAUUUUUACCUA